AUGUUUAAACCGCUACUUCGGGGGCUUGAAGACGCGAUUCAAGGUCCAGACGCCUCUGUGAAACGGGUCGUGAGCGUUUCCGAGGAGCUUGUGGGGACUUUGAAGUCCAAAGACCAGAAACUGAACGACGAGCUGACCGUCAUAUACAACAAUUGUGUCAAAGGUGUGGAUGAAGAAGUGAUAUUCUUAGAGGCGCUCACGCGGCUGAUCCCGUUUGUGAAGGAGCCAGAUGUUUGGAAAGACCGGUACCUUGGUAUUUGUAUCGACUCGGCUGGUCUGGACCUGCGACUUGUCGAUCUGGCCACUAAACUCAUACAGUCCAUGAUGAGUGUUGAUCUUGCCAGACAGCUUAUCGGCAAAUAUCUCGACACAACAACCAGUUUGGAAGAUACGAGUUUUGAGCAGAGCGAGCAGGACCGGUUCCGGCGACUUAAUAUCCGGUUGAUUGUCGGUGAGUGGGCCAAGGAGCAUAUUCAAGAUUUUUCUGCUACGGCCUGCGACUUUCUUCCGACAAACGAGCUGGGAAUGCUUGUUUUGAUCCAGGCCGUGUUUGGCGAGCCAUGGGACCUCCAGGUAGACUCUCUGCCGUUGUUUGAUGCUGUUGUCAAGCUGCUGGACAGCGAGAAGCCCGAGGUGAAAGAGUGUGCUUUGAACGUUGUGUGUGUUCUUAGUCCGCUAGUGUUGAACGCCACAAGGACUCAAUUUGAGAGUCUAUGUGCCGCGUUUAUUCGGUUAACAGAGUCGGACACAGACUACAUGAGACUUGGCUCUGUUCUAUACGCCGUGGACCCGAAACGGUUUCUCACCGUGUCUGAGGAGAAGCUGGGUAGCAAGUUUGAGAUGGUUUUGGGCAGACUCAAACUGCACCCUUCGCUCAUUAGAGAUAGAUCUGUGGAUGACGCAUACACAGCUCAGAUGAUUAGACAGUACGUUUCGGAAAACGCACAGCCACGGGGAGUUGCUCUGGAAAGACUGCUGGAGGAUUACGGACAUCUUUUCUCCAAAGACGAGGAGAAGGAAAACAGUUCCGACUCGUUGCAGUUUCUGCAACGUGAAAUGAUGAUUCUCAACAAUGAGCUCGGGUUCUCCGAGUACGCGCGGUUUUCCUUGAUCAGAGAGCACAAGAAGAACGACACCAAAGAGAUCCGUUUAGUGGUGGACUUGCCUAAAGUGCAGUCGCUCGUGCCUUUGGAGUCGAGAGAGCAGAGUACCAAUACUACUCAGACAACCCCAUUGUUACAGUCGAACCAGCGUUUGCGCAACGAGAACCAACGACUGAUGGACCAGGUUGACCUGUUAAAGAGCCAGGUGGACGAUUUGCAGGCACAGCUUGCCGAAACCAAGAAGUCUGUGGAUCCGUUGCAAGAAGAACUAAGUCAGCUUAGAAACCAGGCCAUAUUGCUGCAGCAGACAAAGACUCUUCUGGAAGAGAAAUUGGACGCUGCCAAGUGGAACUCUACCGAAACUCUUGCCGUGAACGACGCGGACGAGAGCGAGAAGGACCAGCUGACCAAGGAGAUUGAACUGGCCAACAAACAACACAGUCAGCUUGUGGCCCAGAUGACGUUACAGCACCGCAAAGAGAUGGCCGAAAUGGAAGCCGAGCUGGCGGCGUUGCGCCUGGAAAAGAGACAGCAGACCAACAAGAUCCUCAAGCAGCAGAAGCUCAAUUUUCAGACGAAGCUGAACGAGUACCAGCGGGCCAAAGAGGUGCUUGAAGAAGAGCUUCGCGAGAAAGACGACAAACUGCUUGUGCUCGGCUCGACUCAGCCGAUCAAGAUUCCGCAGACAAGCAUACCGCGUCCGAUUGGGGGCUACGACUCAGGCACCAACUUGUACAAAGCAGACGAGACAGCUACAUGGACCAAAUUCAACGACCAGAACAACACGAUCCACUCGGAUUCGUCAUCGCAGGCUACAGAGCGGCCGCCAACGUCAUCCGGGCUCAGCUUCAGCAUCAGACGGCACGCUGACUCCACCAUCGACACGUCCUCGAUAUCGGUUAAAGGUCGUGGCGGAAUCCAAAAUAAAUCCAAGCUAAAAAUGUAG